AUGGCUCCAGAUACAGCCUUCGAAGCCGGUGCCGCGAACAAGACGCGUAAAAUGAGUGAGGUUGAGACCACCCCGACAGACGGGAAAGUGAUCAAGAGAGCGUGCACAGAAUGUCGGCAGCAGAAGGCCCGUUGCGAUGCAUACCUCGACCCUGACCAGCCGUGUACGAGAUGCCGGAAGAUGAGCAGGCAGUGCAUCAUCUCCGAGCCGUUCAAACGAGAACACAAGCGCAAGAGAAUGUCGGAGCUUGAGUAUCAGACGGACGAGCUCCAAGAACGCCUUAGAUCGUCGAGCCACCAUCCCGAAGCGGCAGCGGCGUCGCCGUCUUUGCCACGGCCAUCAUGGGCGGCUGACCUACGCACGACUAACGCAGAGUCUGAAAGUCGCAUGGCAUCGGUGGCGCCUUUCUUCAGAGACGCAACCAUUGCCCCGGUUUCGUUUCGAUCGUUCUCUGCUGCAGCCGCCGAAUCACUGCAGACCCCGGAAAGUCUUUCACAGGAGUAUCAGCCCUCAGGCACCCUGCCACGGAGUCUGGAAGGGCAAACCGUGGAUUCCAAAGAUAUCGACGCGAUGUUUCAACUGUAUUUCCGCGAGUACGCCAGCCUGGUCCCUAUUCUUGAUCCCACAGUCUCACCGAAUGGAUACUACAACCUUUCUCCGCUCCUCUUCUGGGCGAUAAUCGGAGUGUCAUGCCGCACCUAUUCAAAAAACCCGACCCUCAUCUCGGUUUUGCCAUCCAGAAUUAAAACUAUGGCGCUGCUGUCGCUCAAUGCCACCAUCGGAUUGCCCGUCGUGCAAGGCUUGCUUCUGAUCCUGUUUUGGCCUUUUCCGAAAGCAGGCAACGGCCACGAUAUGACCUAUCCGCUCAGUGCUGCCGUGCUACACAUGGCAAUGCAAAUCGGGCUACACGUCCCGGUCGCAAGCCAGGAGUUCUGCAAAACACCGAUCAAACUUACCGAAGCAGAACUGAGGAUUCGUGCUGAGACUUGGGGAUACUGUACACUUGUCUACCAGCGGGGUUGCUGUUUCAAAGGAAGUGCGCCGACUCCUAUGCUCGAUAUCCCCCACGACAUCGAACAGCGACGGGCACUCUUCCAGAGGAUAUCACCGAAGCUGAAGUUUGAGUUGAAAUUACAGGACGUGGUCACGAGGUGUUGCAUCGCCGUCUCGCAAAAUGGGCUCUGGCGAAUGACUACAGACCAGGAGAGGUCUCUGGAUUCGUUGUUGAACAUCUUCCAGGCGCAGAUAUCUAGUGUUGCGUUGGAGUCCUCCUCUGACCUUGACCAGCUCUACGUGUACAUUGCGACCCUCACGAUCCAAGCCUUUAAUUUGUACAAGUCCCCAACGGCCCACGACCCAAGUACGCUUUACGAGCUGUGCGCGUCGGCCUGCCAGGUAAUUGAAUCCUUCGACAACUUGGACAAGACCGGACAGGUGUGUUUGUCUGGUGCUGGGCUGUACUUCUUUUACAGCUUGAUGGUGACCAGUCACGUGCUCUUACGGUUGCUCAAGACCUCCCUCAGCCGGUACACCGACGUUGAGAGAGCUAAAACCGCCCUCUUCCUGGGGAUCAGCCUACACAAACGCAUGUCGGUCCAGAAUGAUGAUCUGCCUGCUCGCAACGGUGUUGCCCUGACUCAGCUCUUCAAUAGUACUCGCGUCUUCAAGAGACCCAAUGGGACUGAGUUGGUAGCACUGCGCAUCCGGAGCCGUCUCAUUGGUAGCGUCGUGUUGGACGGCAUUGUGUGGUGGAGGGAAGAGUUUGGGGGUUUCACGGGUGUCUACCCGCCUCCACUUAGUGAAAAUCGAACAGGUAGGAUCUAUCUCGUUGGCCAAGGGAACAUGUUACUGAGUGCAGCAGAUGGCGUCGAGGCCGGCAACGAGUCGAGUGCAGCUGCUCCGGAAGACGGCUUGGUCCCCGUGGCACCGAAGCCUGAUUACUCGACCUUCUUGGACGAUCCGAUGCUGACCGAAUUCGGCUGGCCUGUCACGGACGACGUUUUCUCUUCCAUAUGGACCGACGGACCGAUUGCCACGAUAUGA